AUGCAUCGCUUUACUGAUAUAGAAUCAACUCCAAAACGACUUACACCAGUAUAUGGAUACUUAGCGCAUCAACUCUUACCUCUACAGAAAGCUCUCGAACCAGUUUCGGCUCAGAUCAAGCAACUGGAUCGUUUUAGUAAAAUAGCUAAAAAUGAAUGUCACUUUCCUUCUGAACAUGACCUUACUCGAGAUGAAUCAGCUGCUGUGUUUCUCUAUACAAUGGAAUGGGGUGAGGAUAGUUUAUACCAAGUAGUUAAUCGUGCACUGCGUGCUGAAGAUCGAUCAUCAUUAAAGCCAUGGUUUGCUUACCUUAAGCUAUUUGAUACAGCUGUACAAAAAUUACCUACUGUUCGAAAGAAUCUAUGGCGUGGUGUUGCAAAAGAUAUAGCGAAGAACUUCAAAAAAGGAGAUGAGUUCACUUGGUGGACCAUUAGUUCAUGUUCAACUUCAGUUAAUACCAUUAAAGAUUUUCUCGGAUCUAAUUCAACUUUAUUCUUGAUCGAAGCUGUGAGUGCAAAAGAUAUUUCAGGAUACACCAAUUUUCCAAGUGAGAGUGAAGUAAUUCUUUGUCCAGGCACUCGUCUUCGUGUUGUCAGUGAUCCUCUUGAUCAACCACCUAUGCAUAUAGUCCAUUUACAAGAAGUUAUUGAUGAAAACGAAGACCAACUCACAAGCAACUUCCAGGCUAUGGGAGUGACAUCUUUAAAAACUGAAUCUAUCCCUUCAACAAAACCUGUUCUGUCUUCAUAUAUUCAAGUCGUUACUGAUAAAUCUGGAAACAGAUAUGAAACAGCAAUUCAUAUAUUAUACAGGCUUAUUUACUGUUGCAGAGUUAGGUACCCAAAUAACACGCAGUUACAGAAUAAUGGUGAAGGAGAAUUGAAAGAGGGUAAAAGGCAUGGUAAAGGAAAAAUGGAUUAUGCCAAUGGUGACAAGUACAUAGGCGACUGGGUCAAUGACGUAAUAACAGGUCAUGGUGUUUACAUUAGGUCUAACGGCAAUCGUUACGAGGGACAAUACAAAGAUGGCAAAAAACAUGGCAAAGGUACAUUCAUUUGGGGACCAGAUGCUAAUGGGGCUAGCGACAAGUACACAGGUGAUUGGGUAGAUAAUGUAAUGACAGGUCAAGGUGUUUACAUUUGGUCUAAUGGUAAUCGCUAUGAGUUGAGGUAUUCACAAAUCACUCAUCGGUAUGGCAAAAAACAUGGCAAAGGUACCCUUAUUUGGGGACCAAAUACUGAUUGGGCUGGCGACAAGUACACAGGUAAUUGGGUAGAUGAUGUAAGAACAGGUCAAGGUGUCUACGUUUCACCUAGCGGUGAUUGUUACGAGGGACAAUACAAAGAUGGCAAAAAACAUGGCAAAGGUACAUUCAUUUGGGGACCAGAUGCUAAUGGGGCUAGCGACAAGUACACAGGUGAUUGGGUAGAUAAUGUAAUGACAGGUCAAGGAGUUUACAUUAUGUCUAAUGGUAAUCGCUAUGAGUUGAGAAGUGUAACAUUUCCGAAAUUUAUUGGAGCACGAUUAACAACACUUGUCCAUGCUCUUAUUUUAUUAAAACAAAAGAAAUGA